AAAGUAUGCGUGGUAGCAUUAAACUGUCGCACAGGCCCCCCGAUCCCCAAACCUAUUGAUUCCAUGAUGGGCUUAACUUCUUACGCUGGCAAUUCGAUCGGCCAUCUAUUAAGGCUUUUGUCAGGCCGGAGAAUGGCCGGACUGACUCCUGCAGAUAACGGUAAAUGCGAUCGAUAAAUGCGCCCGUCCCAGAUAAACGGUGGUGCCCUUGCGGGACUGGCCGGUAUACGCAUAGGAGAUUUUGCCUCAUAGGUCCACGUUGGGGGUAAAACUACGACGUGAUCGAACGCUGAAGCAAUUUGUAGUUCGGUUGACCAAUCGGGUUGGUACACCUAAAAAUAGACUGAUUCUGUGGCAACUAUUGAAACUCUACAAUAUAAUCACAUGCGAUCAGUCUGAUGACAGACAACGGAGCUCUACCAAAAAUAGUAGUCUGUGAGGACUUCGCUACGGAAAGGAGACCAUCACUUGAUGUCAUCUUACGGUUGGCUGCUUUCAUUGCGGGCUUUGUGUAUUAAGCACGAUUUGUUGAGCUUUCGCCAGAGAGGGUUGUUGUUCCGUCCCUCCUCUGUGGUCGUUUUAUUUAUACGCGAGACACUAACAAGCAUCCAUCGAGUAAGUGGCGACAAUGUUGUCGAGUAGCACUCCAGAUCUCCGAGAGGGCUCAACGUCCUCUGUGUCGGUCACAUCAUUGAUGGGUCGUUCUGUCCUCAUCACCCCGGGCACCGACAAGCCAUCGCACGCCGGGACUGUUAAGGACGUGGUUCCCCGCCCAGGAAGCGCCCCGGCAACCAAGUUUAGCGACUGCGACUCGGCGUUUGAGGAGGGCGUUGAUAUGGUCGACCCCACUGGUGAUUUCGGGGACAUAUUCAGCGUCCUGUCCAUCGAUGACGACCCGAAGCAUUCAGAGGCCGACCAAAUGACGACUCGUGACACGGAUGACAAACCAAAGAAUUCUGAAUCAAUGAUUGGCGAUCAGAACUCGGGAGCAGAAGACCGAAAUCAGUCCCAGAUAUUUCCCAGCAACCUGGGUGUCUUCAGGUCCAUCAUACCGGCUAUUGUCGAAGUGAGCGGGGAGGAGUCGGACAGUUAUCAAAGUAAACCGAAAGCAAAUCCUCCUCAUCGUACCGUCGUAGACUCAUCUCAGUCUGAAUCCCAAGCGCGGAAGUUGUCUCGUGACAAGACGAGUCUGGAUUUCAAACCACGUCAAGUAAAAUAUCUCCAGACACCACAGGUUUGUGUCUCGACGAGCGACGACACCUCUUCGGACUCGAACGAUGAGGUGUCCCAACUCACCCUGCCGGCGAUGCGCCGAAACGGCGGCGCCUUCAGGCGCAGGCACUCCCUAGCCGCCACCACUCCGGACCAGAUCACGAGAAUGCUGCUCUCACACCGCCGUGGAUCCUCCUCGGGCCUGCCCAUCCCCUGCGCUAACUGCUUUCAGAAGAUGAACUGCGAAUCAUCUUCCCGUUGCAGAAAACACGUGGACAAACUGAAGUCUAUAGAGGGUGAAAAGUACAGCCGUCCCCAAAAUCGUUCAUUCUCCACGACAGCAAGACCGAAUAACCAACAUUUGUUUCCACACCAGGCAGUACAGCCUCACCACGGACCCUCGGGCAGAAGAGCCUCUUUCUCCAGGCCCAGAUCUCCCAUCCGGGUGGUCACACCUCAAGAUGCUCCCCCGAGUUCCUCGAUGCACCUCCGUCCAGUGUCUCCGGAGCCCCUCAGCACCACAGCCAGCGACAACCCUCAGGAUAUCACCGCUCCGCGCGCGGUAUCUCCUCGUGCCGUGUACCCCUCGUCAUCCGGACAUCUGUCACCGAGAUCGCUGUCUCCCAGGCCACUGUCACCCAGACCUCGGUCCCCGGGGUUGAUGCGGCAGAGAUCACUAUCACCAAGAGAUGAAAUCGAAAUGAUCUUGUCCUGUACGCCACCCACGACUCCACCACGAUCGCGAUCGCCAUCCAUAUCGCCAAGGCCCUUCUCGUCGUCAUCAUCAUCGUCCGUGUCUCUAACCGUAUCAUCUCAAGAGCGGUCAAGAUCUCCUGCUUUGAAUAUGAUGUCCAUCGGUCAUCAGAGCUCCACCACAGUACCGCCCCAUCAGCGCGCGCGUUCCCGAUCUCCAAGACCCAAAGACAGACACGGAGGGAGAUUAUCUAGGAGACCUUCUUUAUCAACCGGUGAUACAGGUGAGCCCGAGAGUGCAAGAACUGAAUCCCCAAACACAUCAUCAUCCCUUCGACCUAACCUCGGUGUUCCAGGUAAGCCGUCUCGAACCCGAUCUCGCUCACCGGUGCCACGCUCCUUGAAACCCGGCCCGAGUCACUCUCGGCCCAGCUCCCCGCAACCCAACCGGGCCCGCUCGCCCAGACCAACCGAUCAUGACCGCCGAUCAUCCCGUCGCGGGUCCCCACUGGCCGACAUCGCCGCCAAGACAGCUGAAUUCUCGUCCCUGGGCGGGGGCGGCCUGUCCCGCCGGCCCUCCCGCGCCCCUAGCCCUCGAGUUCCAGACGAUUCUGACGACGGUAUUACCGACCCUGAGAGGAUCGUGAUGGACCGGCGCAGGAGACGGGGCUCACGCGCUAAAAUCCUCCCCAUGAGUGACCACCAGAAGCUUGUCUUCUCCGCCAGGCAGUCUCGCAGAAAAUCCAUCUGUAUCUCACAUCCUACCCAGGAUGGGUCCUCCGCGCCAGGACCAGCAGAGAGGGCCGACAUCCUCGCCAAAUUGUCCAAGAGGGGUCGUCGGCGAUCAUCAUGGGCUGCGACAGGUGAACCACUCAUCCCAAUGACUCCAGUCUCUGCCCUAACACUCUUGCGGGAAGGUAGCAGUAACGCUGAAGAGGAGACAGAACAGACCAAGGACCCGUACGGAUUGACCCUACACUUCAUCACGGACCCAGGCCGAUCCCACCCACUCCGCAAGAUACUUCGCCCGCUCAUUGAGUCCAUCGUGCCCAAGCACAAACUCUUCAACUUCGUGGAGCGCAGCGAGUCGGCCGCCCGCGACCAGCGGGAGACCGCCGGUGGGCCGGACCAGGACAAACCCGCCAGCGUGCCGACACUCGGCGUGGUGCUGCUCCUGCAAGAAGAGUUCGGCAUGGAGAGGAUCCUGGAAGCUCAGAAGUACCUGGGAACCGAGCCCUGGGAGUUGCACCACCGGGGGAAGGUGGGCAGCAACAACGUGCCCUACCCCACCAACAACCAAGACUUUUACGCUCAUCCGAGCUGGCCGGAUGCGGCGCUGUGGGCCGUGCGUCAGGUCCACUUCGGCAAGGACCGGCUCCGGUUUCAGCUCUUCGUCUCGAACGAGAUGUGGGCGGACAGCAUCAGCUUCUACAGCCUGCUGCUGUCCCGCUCCACGCACGUGGAGAAGGCGGACUUCUGCUACUUUCUGGUCUUCUGCAGCCAGACUUUGAACCUAGAGGUGCAGCUGGCCCUCAAGAAGCUUCCCCCGGGCUUCAAGCCGCAGUUUCUGGACUCCACCAUCUUGCAGUUCAAAGUUGGGGACAUGGGUCAGCUCGUCCCCCUCCUGCCGCGGGUGUGCAUACCCAUCAGUGAUAAACGCUGGCAGACGGCCGAUCCAGACGGCAACAAAGUCUUGCUCUUCAGAGACGGUGAUUCCUGUGGCACGACUGUCACGCCGACCACACCCGACCCGCCGGACACGCCUGGCAACGGUAGGCUUGCUACGCUAACGGCGCCCUCUUGUGACACUGAGAGACAAAGCCACAACAUUCAAGAUCAUGGGGGACAUUUUGAAGAUUGGAUGCAAGAAUCUAAUUUAGUUUCAGCAGUAUGACAUUUGGCCGUUCAUUAAUGAGAUCCCUUAUUUCAGGCAAAAACCUUGAGAUUCGGGUAUAACCGAGCCUACCAUAAAGACGAAUCAGUAAUGUGCCAUGUGUGUAAUUGUUCUUUAUGCAGCGUCCGGCUAUUUCUAGGCCCUACAAAUAUUUAUUUUUACAACCGGUGGUUUCAUUUCAAUUUCGGAAUGGAUACCAAAGUUAAUGCCACUGGUUGAACGGAUUACCUGUAAAAAAUAUUUUGAUAUAAAAUAUUUUUUUCAUAAUAAUGACUACGAUCUGGAAAUGGGCGGACACUGCACAAUUUGAAAUAUAAAGUGAUAUGAUAUGAUUUCAAGUUUAUUACUGUUUGUACUAUUUCACAAACUUGUACGCGGACGUGGAUUUUUUUAAAAUAAUUAAUAACAAAACGAGCAAACGUUUAUAAAAUUGAUUAAAUUAACGGACAUACUUUUUCAGGGGCGGGUCUAGCUUUCAGGAAGGGGGGGGGGGUGAUCUUAAGGGGGUGUAAGUUUAAGGCGUGCCGCGCAUGCCCUGCUAGGGGGUCCAUGGCUAUUUUGAAAUCUGUGAUGACUUCUCCUGCAUUCUAAGGCAAUUCAAAAAUAAAUUUAGGAACUAACAGCGUUCCAUUUAAUAUUUUGGCCCCAUUUUACUAGUUUCAUAACAAUUUUGUCAGCGGCUGAGAGGGGGGGGGGGGCAACCACCAACCCCUUUAGAUCCGCACCUGGAGUCCGUUAUCAUCGAUAUGUCAGAGGGGUUCCCCACA